CACCGUCGGCGUGCUCGCACGUACUCCGUCCCCUCUCUGUAUUAUUGCUCUGAAACUAACCACCAUGGGGAGUUGAGGGCAAGUCGACGGGAUAUUUUUUUUUUUUGCCAACGCUUCAGCCGCCGAAAUCGAUCCCACAUGCCGAGUUUUGGAGCGCCGUGUUCACGCCAGUAUCCCCAAUGCAGCGGAGCGCGGGGACCGGGCUUCCAGAGACGAAUAGCUCUGCCAGGUUGUAAAAUCCCAACUCCAGCAGCUGUGCGGCGUCUGAUAGUAACAUCCCUAUUACAGGCGGCCUGACUCAUCUGGGCCUGUGACAGCUGAGGUGAAUCGUUUUCCAGCAAAAUCACCGCUAGCGGGGCAGGUCUGACCUCCUCCUCGUCCCGCCGUCAGAGACAUGAGCGCUGUCAGAGAGCUACACGGCAUCGGCUACAGAGGCGGUGGAGGCGUCGUGGCCUCUAUGAAUGGCCCCGCGCACUUCACCGAAGAUGCCCCUCGGCCCCCCGUUCCCGGCGAGGAGGGGACUGACCUGGACCCUCCGGUCCAGUCGGCCAACAGCCGUCCGGGCGCCCCCUCCCAACCCCAAGGAUAUCCCUCAUCUAAAAUGGCCGACCCGUCGGUUUACGCGCCUUCGUCGUCGUCGGCGACCCCGCGUCGCCCCGACCUGGACCUGGGCUACGAACCGGAGGGCUCGGCGUCUCCGACCCCGCCUUACCUGAAGUGGGCCGAGUCGCUGCACUCCCUCCUGGAUGACCAGGAGGGCACCCACCUGUUCAAGAGCUUCCUGUGCCAGGAAGGCUGCGAGGACCUGGUUGACUUUUGGUUCGCGUGCUCGGGCUUCAGGCAGACCAGCCAGGACAAGAGGGCCAAGCUGGCCAAGGUCAUCUACAGGAAAUACAUCGUGGACGGCAGCAGCAUCGUGUCCAGGACCAUCAAAGCAGCCACGAAGAGCUUCAUCAGAGACUGCGUGGGGAAGCCACAUCUAGACCCCGCCAUGUUUGAACAGGCCCAGACAGAGAUCCAGGCCAUGAUGGAGGAGAACACCUACCCUUUGUUCCUUAAAUCUGAUCUGUACCUGGAGUACACACGGACGGGAGGAGAGAGCCCCAAGCCUAAUCCCAGUGAUCAGAGUCCCUCAUCAGGCCCGGCCAAGCCUCUGCCGCUGCCAACUCUUGCGGAGGAUGUGGAGUGGGGGUGUGGAGGAGGAGGUCGAGAGGCGGAGGAAGAGAAAGACUGUGGCGAUACACCACUCAGCAGGCUGACUCAAAGCCUGCUGAUGCAGACGGCACCACAGAGGGCCACGGCCAACAGGAGGAGGCAGGACAGCAGGGAGUACAGGCCGUGGAGAGAGCCAGUGAACCCGUACUACGCAAACAUGGGCUACGCCCGGGCUCCGGCGACCAGCGCCAAUGACAGUGAGCAGCAGAGCAUGUCAAGCGACGCAGACACAAUGUCCUUGACCGACAGCAGUGUAGAUGGUAUUCCUCCAUACAGAUAUCGGAAGCAGCAUCGGAAAGAGAUGCAUGAAAGUGCCAAAGCCAAUGGCCGUGUGCCCCUACCUCAUAUACCUCGCGCCUAUCAAGUACCAAAGGACAUCCACGUGAAGCCGGAGAUGUUUGCAGCAGAGCUCAUCAACAGGCUGGAGGCCGUUCUCAAACAGAGAGAGGCCCAGGAAAAGCUGGAAGAAAGGUUGAAGAGAGUACGCCUGGAAGAAGAGGGGGACGACGCUGACGUCUCCAUGACGGCCUCCAUGUCUUCCCACAGUAUACCACUCCCUCUCCCCUCCUCGUUUCCACCUCUAUACGGCGCCCGUUACUCAGAGACCACUGCGAACACAGGAACGGCCGCCACGUACGGCGGCCUGGUCGCCAUGGAGGACCCUCACGAAGACGACCCAGAAUCUAUUUUGGACGAGCACGUGCAGCGGGUGAUGAAGACGCCGGUCUGCCAGUCGCCGGGGGCAACCAACAGCAGCCUGAGCGGAGGAGGGCGGCACACCCCCCCCAAAUCGUCGCGCUCCCCUGACGGUGGCAUCGGGCCGCCUCACUACCCCUCACACAGAGGCGGACACAGUCUGGCACCUGUGGGGGCUAAAGGCAUUUACCACCAAAAGCAGCUAUACCACCACCGAGGAAGAGACGGACAGGAGGAGACGGGAGGUCGUCCUCUGGCCAACUUGUUGUGGAACGGAGACCAAGCCAAUCAGUACGCGGGCCGGAGAAACUACGCAGACGGAGCUGGAGCCAGCACUCUGGAGGGCGUUGGUAACAGUAGUAAAGGCAGCACAAUGUCACGGCGGGGUAGUAAGAAGACAGAAACAUCGAGCAAAGGUGACGAGAGUGGGCGUGGCCUGGAAACCCAGGUGUAUCCAGGUGCUCAGGUGGAGGACCUGGAAAGAAACCAGAAGAUUCUGCAAUGGAUGAUGGACGGAGACAGGCAAAGGAAGAGCUCACAUGGUGGUAGCACCAGUAGCUCCAGAAGAACGGCAACCAGCACCGACUCCCCUCGUCCUACAUCAGUUGAGCGGCCCGGAGCCGUGCACCCCUGGGUCUCCGCUCAGCUGCGCAACAACUCCUCCUCCGUGUCCACAGCCAUCCCCAUCUCGUCAUCUACUCAGGUUCAGCCCUCGCAUCCUUUCAUCCAGGACCCGGCCAUGCCCCCCAACCCAGCUCCCAACCCCCUCACGCAGCUGGAGGAGGCUAGAAGGAGGCUGGAGGAGGAGAGAAGAAGGGCUGCUCUACUGCAGGCCAAGCAGAAACACAAGUCUGGGAAGCGACAGGUGUGUGAGAACAUGACCGUUGCGUACUACUUCUGUGGAGAGCCCAUCCCAUACCGGACAUCGGUGAAGGGCCGCGUGGUGACUCUGGGCCAGUUUAAGGAGCUGCUUACCAAAAAGGGCCACUAUAGGUUCUACUUCAAGAAGGUUAGCGACGAGUUCGACUGCGGGGUUGUGUUCGAGGAGGUGCGCGACGACGAUGCCAUUCUGCCCAUCUUUGAGGAGAAGAUUGUCGGGAAAGUGGAGAAGGUCGACUGAAAUUCGGGGGAACGGGAAAUGAGACGGAUGACUUCGAAACGAGGAGACGCGAAGAAAACGUUCAGGUUUGGAGGAACGGAAACGGCCUGCAAGAAAUCGGAACGUUGGCAAGUAGAAAGAUGGAUGAGCAAUGUGCCUCAGAAAGGGAGAAACAAAUGUUGAGGAUGGGUUUUUCACGGAUAAAUAAACACCUGCCUGGAUUAAAAACAUAAAGCUCGAUCAGAUAAUGCUGGAAUGGAGGAAAGAACAACAUAUUUCACCUGCUCUGCUCUUUAAGGAUCAACGACGAAUGUUGUAAAAAAA